AUGUCAACGCGAAACCAACCAAAUAUUGGAAGCAAAUGAAAAAUAAUUAUACUUUAAUGCUAGUACUCAAUAGUGUAACGAUUUAUAGAAAAUUUUGAUCCGUGAAUCUCGGCUGCUGCUGCUGCUCGUAUAUAUAUAAAUACACCUUAAAACGCUUUAGCUGCAAUUCCAUUUUCCACACCACCACCGCGCUUUAACUUAUUUAUUACUCCUCUCCCAAAGUUUCUCCCUUUUCGACUCCAAAGAUGAGUGAGGAAACGAAGGAGAACCAGAAGCUGCAGCGACCUGCUCCUCGUCUUAACGAGAGGAUCCUCUCUUCCUUGUCUAGACGCUCCGUUGCUGCUCAUCCCUGGCACGAUCUUGAGAUUGGCCCUGGAGCUCCACAGAUUUUCAAUGUGGUGGUUGAGAUCACAAAGGGAAGCAAGGUCAAAUAUGAACUUGACAAAAAGACUGGACUCAUCAAGGUUGAUCGUAUUCUCUACUCAUCAGUUGUUUACCCUCACAACUAUGGUUUCGUUCCUCGCACAUUAUGUGAAGACAAUGACCCUAUUGAUGUUUUAGUCAUCAUGCAGGAACCGGUGCUUCCAGGUUGUUUCCUGCGUGCUCGUGCUAUUGGAUUAAUGCCUAUGAUUGAUCAGGGUGAGAAAGAUGACAAGAUCAUUGCAGUUUGUGUUGAUGAUCCUGAGUACAAACAUUACACUGACAUCAAAGAACUCCCUCCUCACCGUCUCUCUGAGAUUCGUCGUUUCUUUGAAGACUACAAGAAGAAUGAAAACAAGGAAGUUGCUGUUAAUGAUUUCCUGCCAUCUGAGAAAGCUGUUGAUGCUAUCCAGUACUCGAUGGACCUUUAUGCUGAGUACAUUCUCCAUACCCUGCGACGUUGAAGCUUCUUCUCCUCAGAACAUUUCUGCAGCGUCUUGUUUCUGUUUCUUUCAAUGAUAUAAUGAUACAUUCUCUGCAUUUUCUUGUUGACUUUGGAUUUUUAUCAUUUUGUCCUUGUGUAACUCUAUAAUUUUGUUUUAAAUCUUCUUUGGGGCAUUUUAACGUUUGGUUCAAUAUAAAUACCUUCAAUGAAA